CAAAUUGAAGAUUUUCAUACAUAAACGAUGUUUGAUUAUCAUUACUUUUACAUCGCAUACAAGCUACCAAGUACAGCUUCCAAAAUACACAAAGCUAGACUGCAAUAACCGAAAAGAAUGAGUUUUCUAUUAAACUAUCAAGUCGAAAUCCAUCAAGCCGUUUGGGCUGUAGCCAGUGAAAUAAGAAUUCCAAGCGCUACUUGUCUUAUUAAAAUGCGCCAUUAAGUUUUUAUAAAAUUUUAAUUUCGUCAGUGGUACUUGCACUACUAAGACGUUUUCAACAACUCAAAUAUCAAAAGCCAUAAAGCCGUUUAAUCUACAGCCUCUGAAUAUAAUUUCAAGGUUUAUUUGUGUUCGCGUUUCGUGUGGAAAGGGACGGGUCGAUAUAAAUAGAAACGAGUGUACCUCAAGAUGCAUUUUCCUAUCCCAGUUCCCUGAAGCCCAGCUAUCGCUUAACCGGUCCCUAAGUGCAUGGAUGGACCGAUACUCACCCGCAGAAGUGCAAGAUUCCAAGUCUUGCACCCAUGACACACGUCCUCAUCACAGAGCAUGCUCACAACAGCUUCGUAGAAGCUCUUCCAAUGGGCUGCGACGCUAAAACUAUCAUCAUUGUUCUCUUUAUUGACAGGUCGUCAUCGAUCCAUACUGUAUUGUUCGGAUCAGCGACCCUAGACACACACAGCUCAAGGAUCUAGCUCUAAAAAUCCCUCAGAUGAUAUUCCCGCCACCGCACCGGGGUUGGUUGUCCGACUUUGGCCAAUCAUCCUGUAGAUAUCCCACAAAGUCGCCUCGCACGACUGACAGUUUAUAGCCUUGGUGCCUGGGGCCAGACUUAUGCAUAGGAUGAUAUACAUGAGAUGCAUUUAGAAUUUAUAUUUUGAAAAUACUACCUCACGUCAACUUUUUAAAUAAUCGAUCACUGUAGUACUACGUGGGACGUGUAGCUACUUGCAAAUCAUGAAAAUUGAAGCACUGGGCAAAACCUUUUCCACUAUCUAAACAUAUAAUCGUGGACAAACAAGUAACAUGUGCGUUUCACCACGAUGUACUAUAUACCUAGCUACUAUUUACACUUGGCAAUAAUGAAGUUUCAGAUUAUGCAGAACCAAUGAUACCGGGGGUCAUGUAUUAUGCUGUAUGUGAUGUCGUGACACGUUGCGCCCUUACGCUGCAACAUCUGUCGCUACUCAAGUAUAAAGUAUAAAGAGAAAUUUAGGCUCAGCUCAAAAAUAAUGGAUCGUGUGUAACUGAAAACUACAAAUCUUAUUACGUAAACCAGCUAUUUCAAAAUCAGACCAUCAUGUAUCUGCCAUCUUUCUCAAGGGAGCUGGAAGUCAGAAGAAUUCACGAUACCAGAACUAUUCCAGCUUGCUAUCGGAAUAUUGGAGAUGUCAGUCUUAGAGCCCAAAUGUCAAAUAAAGGGAGGUGUUUUCAUUGUGGACCUCGGCGAUAUAUCGCUCAAUCUUGCAUGGUACCUUACUCCUUCAUUGGCCAAAGAUCUUAUGGCUUUAGCUAUGACAAGUUUCCCAAUGCGGCUAGAAGAAGUUCACUUCAUCUUCUCCUCGUGGGUAUUCGAUACAGCGUGGAGCAUCUUCAAACCCUUGCUUCCAGAUACAGUGAAAGCCAGGAUCUACUUCCAUGGAGACGAUCUGGAUAGCCUUCACAAUCAGAUGGAACCAAAAUAUCUACCGAAGAGAUACGGAGGAAUCCAUUUCGACUACCCUUUAGAUGUUUGGUUCGAAGACGUACUUCUAAAGGAUGAAAGGAUUCUUGAUGUCAUGGCAAAAUUAGGUUACGAACAACUGAGAAGACUGAAAGAAGAAAUUAGCAAAGCUUCCGAUUGAACUUAAGCAGUCGCAAAUUCUAAGGAAUCAAUUUUUUAUAACAGCCGUACUUCCAACCAGGAGUGAAAGACCAUUUGAAAAUAUGCAUCUCUGUACUUAGUAUUGGCUCUCUGUUGCGCUCUUUGUAUGUCAUCCCCAGAAGUAACUCAGAGCUGGAUCAUCAACCCCGUUAAACUAUUAAAUAAUGCGGAGAUUUGUUUACAUUAGCCACAGAAGGCCAAAGCUGUUCCAGAAUAAAUUCUCGUAAUGAGGAAACAGCUUAUGUAUUUUAAGAAGAGCGAUAAUCCAGAAUCACAUCACUUACGCACUAGUGGGCCCCUUAUACAUCCUCUCCUGGGGUUACUCAAGGUUGGAUCAUCAGCCACCCUAAACUAUUGAAAACGUGGUGAUGAGAUCCAGCAAAGUUUCCCUUACACUAGCCAUAGAAAAACGGCGUUCUCUCAGAAUGUAUUCUUCGAUUAAUAUGACAGCUGGGCAGUCUCAAGCAAGUGCUUGACUGUAUCAUCUUCCUACCACAACCUCUUUAUAAGGAUAUAGUAUUACAGAGAUGUUUCCUUAGCUGACAAUGUUCAGCAAUGCCUUUGCCAUCCGAAGUAGUCUGGAAAUAAUCAGCUAGUAUUUUACUAGUUCCUUAAGCACCCCGAUAUAUCCUCAAAAUUGUUUUUAAAUACAUUUUGAGUGUGAUCUUUUAACUCAGUUAAACAUAAUUGGGCCUAAAAUUCUGAUGUCAGCAUCCCUUUUUGUCGAUCUCUCAGGUACAACAUUACCCUUGGAUUGUCAAUGACCCUCCACCCAGGCAACAGUUAUGUUGUUACUAGUAGAGGUUCUCGCAGGUGUCAAAUGGCAAUGUAGUUGUGUCCUCGUUAGAUCACAACAAGACCCCAGUAAUCGGUUUGUAGUAGUUAGAGCUGGUACGAUAGAUUAUUGUUAAAUUCUGUGAACUUUGACGGUGUUAAAUGUCGAACAGAAAGUGGUGUUUUGUGCCAAAAUGUACAAGUACGUCAAGUACAAUACCACAAAAAAAUGUUUAAGAGUGUUCCUGCGAACAACGUAAAAAGUGGUUUGACGCAGCUCGACGGGAUUUAAAAUCAGUUUCUUCCACGUGGACCAUGUACUGCUGCGAAGAUCAUUUUGACCUGGAAAAAGAUAUGGAAAACUAUCUACAAUACAAGAUGAGUACCGUUCGAGCCCGGAUGAAUCCUAAUAUUGCACCUCAUAAAUUUGCAUGUCAACUGGGUAGACAAUUAAGCUCUACGAAACGAGUAUUCAGCGAAAAAAGGGCAAGGCAGAAAGACAUCGCCAAAUAUUUGCAGCCAGCGGCGGCACGCCGGGCGGGAUCCUCAACCGAAAAGUCCGAGCCUGAAGGCGUGGAAGUUAUUGAGGAGAUCAAUUGCCUGAACCGUUAUCAGUAGAAGUUCAGUCACAGGUAUGUGACAAGGCAUGCCAAACCAAACAGGUACAUUUUAGAAGCAAGUCAGGUCAAAUCUCGUAAAAACGGAAAGUAAUGGAUGUUGCUGUGUCGCCAAUAAGAAUUUCUGUGCUUGCUAAACAGAUUUCAGAGCGGCCAAAAAAAACGUUUGCAAGUGGAAAGUGAACGGGCAAAUCUUGAAAGUCCCGCAAUAACAGAAACAUCCGAAUCUGAUUCGUAUGAAGCCAGUGGAAGCCGUACUAAAAGCAGUGCCAGCGAAGCUGACCAGCUUAUUGCCGAGAUCGUUGUCAUUCUAAGCGGAAUAUUAGCCGACGUUUAGAACCUAGCUUCAUUGCCCAUCCGCCGAAUGCAGCCCUAAGCUUUGUGAUUUUAGUAGCUAUAAACUUCUAUAAUGUGACUGCUCCCUUAAGUAUUCCCCAAUAGACCCCAAAAAACUAAGAUUCUCUCUACAUCCCUGGAAUUUCUCUCAUUGAAAACAUAUAAGGUACCAUACUUUACUUCAGAAUAGUGUAAUAAAGCCUCAUUAUGCAUGCAAAAAGAACCAAUUUCGGGGCUCUUAAUAGGCGUAACAAGGUAAAAAGGUAUGUAUGAUAAUUUAAAUUGAGAAUCAGUAUUGCCUGACAAUAAUCCAUGGAGAUCCUAAUAUUGUACCUUCAACAUUUCCUUUGCAGCUAAGGUUAAGCCAGUUAAUUCCACGUGAGUAACGAUGGCAUGUUAGUCUAUAGACCAUACCAAUGCUUCUAGACCAGCCAACUUUAUCAUUUUUCUUAGAUCCGUCCUUCCUCGAUCUAGUCUUCAAAAGUUGAUCAAAGUUUUUCCCCGUAAUCCAAGCUAAUUCAUAACACCAUCACUUGUGGGGUUGAUCUAACAAGUGGUAGCACCCAUAGUACAGAAGAGUCGCCGACGGUGAGAAGCAAGUAACUAAAAGUCGCAUCUGUUAAUAUAGUUUUAUUCUAUACGUUUCAUAGGGCUUUUACACCAGGCAUUGUCUUGAUUUUAAAAUUGGGAAAGUUUCUUCGAAUACAGGUUUUGUAACAACCUCCUUAGAACUUUUUAUUGUAGUACAGAAUUUUGAGCGUACAGUCUGUGAUAAAAGUAAUUCUUACAAUUUUUGGCCACUUAAUUUAGAGUGUAUAUAUAUUUUAUUCAAGCAACAAUAUAAAAUCACGAAGUUUGUCUUUAAUAUAGUAGUGCAGAUUAGUACAAUUACAUUAUAGUUUUAAAGCCGAACUGUAUCAUAUCCUCCAUAUUUCGGCAAAUAAUUGGUAUGUAAAAAAUCAUUAUUUUUUAUACACAUCGUAUCAAUAUGUUUAGGCUAAGUGAUAUGACAAAAGUAGUAACGUUACUAAUUAUGAAUUUGUUUUAAAAAUACUAUCAUGUUUCGAGGCCGCUAUGUUAGUGCGUGUUAUUAAAUCUAUAACGUCGUAUUAUUUGCUAAAACAAUAGGUAGGUUGAGAUUCAGCCAUAAUUAGCGUUAGUAUAUUUUAUAUGUUUAUUUCUUUUGUAUUUGAAAUAAAUGCGAUUUUAAUUAUAGGUACACUAUUUUUUAUUCGUAAAAUCCUUGCGGUCUGACGCAGAACUGCAACGAGUGGGGCGGGGGGGGGGGUUUAGG